AUGCCGGCACUAGAUGAACUCAAUACAGGUUAUCUGAGAAAGAAAGUACAACAACGAAACCUCGACUCGAAAGACUGGAUUCCUCUCCUACUGGAACCGUCAUUUAGAGGAGACAUUGAAAAACUGACCUACAAAGAAGUCGCUGCGAUCAUACGAAAGUGCAAAGCCAAGGCCACACCUUGUCCGCCUGAGCAGAUUUUGGUGAUUGCACUGAAGGGAUGUCCAAUUCUCCGCACAUAUUUUCACAAAUUGAUAGUAGAAAUAAUUUCUACUCCAAACUACCGGUCAUCGUCGUCGUCGACUGAUGAAGCAACAGAAUCAGUUAUCCCCGGCAUCAAAUUGCCAAGAACGCCAGCCCAAUGGUCCAAAGCCAAUGUCUUCUUUUUGCUACAAUACAAACUACCACCAAGUCUCAACAACAUAGACAAAUUCACAAUUACAUUUCAAAAAAUGAUAUACAAUUAG